AACAUCUUGCAUCCUGGUUGUUGGUUAGAAGCGCCAUUUUGGAAAGAGCUGUGUUUGUACGCUAUAAACAGAAAGUGUUAUAUUUAUCGAUGUUUUACGUAGUAAUUAUGGUUAAAAGAAUUCAUUUAGUGAUUGAUAAUAUCAGUUAAGCUAUUGUGUGGUGUGGAAAGUUUCUUCUUUUAAUGUGAAACCGUAUUGUAUUUAAUAAACAUUGUUUAGGCGCCAACAUUACAAACGUCAAGAAUAUAGUGUUAAUUAUUCACAUUGAUUAUGGUUAAAUGCUGUUUACUUUAUCUGUGAAGGGAAAGAAAUAAACCAAAAUGUUUUACGCACAUUUCGUAUUAGCCAAAAAGGGCCCACUGGCCCGAAUUUGGUUAGCUGCCCACUGGGACAAGAAGCUUACCAAAGCUCAUGUUUUUGAGACUAACAUUGAGAAAUCUGUGGAUGGUAUUUUACAGCCGAAAGUAAAAAUGGCUCUAAGAACUUCAGGUCAUUUACUUCUUGGAGUUGUUAGAAUUUACUCAAGAAAAGCGAAGUAUCUUUUGGCAGAUUGUAAUGAAGCAUUUGUUAAGAUUAAGAUGGCCUUUCGGCCAGGAAUGGUGGAUUUACCAGAAGAACAUAGAGAAGCUGCUGUAAAUGCUAUCACUCUACCUGAAGUUUUUCAUGACUUUGAUACCACAAUGCCAGAAUUGAAUGAUGUUGACAUUGAAGCUCAGUUCAGUCUAAAUCAGUCUCGGGCAGAGGAAAUCACAAUGCGUGAAGACUAUGGUAGUAUGGCACUGGUAUCUACUGAAGAUGGGUUUGGAGACAUGGGUUUUGAUACAGAAGCCCCAGAAUUGAUGAGGCACACAACAGGAUUAGAACCCAGCAUGGAACAAAGUGGUCUGUUAUUUACCGAUGGUUUAGAAGGAGGUAUUGGUAUUGAUAAAGAUAGAGAACCUAUACCUUCUACUUCCGGUACUCAACCAUCUGCACCAGCUCCAAUGGAAGUAGAUUUAGACCAAAGUAUGAUUUCUGGUGGGCUCUUUGAGGGAGGUCUUUUUGAUGAAGCUCCAAUGGGAGAAGUGCCACCAGUCGAUUCUGGGCUUCAUGAAGCCACCCCAGCUCCUCCUGAAAUACCUGCACCACCUGACAGUGAUGAUGAUAUGGAUCACUUUGGAGGGCCCCCUUCAGUCAGAAGUUCUCUAAGUUCUCGUCCUCCAUCUCCUUUGGAACCAACGUCGGUGGCUCCACCAGCUUCACAACCAACACCUGCUCCAGAACCUGAACCGCAGCCCGAAUCUCUCGAAGAACCAAGACCAACAACUCCAUUAGACCAAACUACCCUUUUACAAAAUGAAGAAGAAAGUUUUGCUUUAGCACCUGUUGAUACAUCAGCUUUAAAAGAUAUUUAUUGGCUAGGCUUUACAAAAACGAAACGGAAAAGAAAACUCAUUGUGGACGAGGUUAAGAACAUAUCAGGAGAAGAAAUGAAACAACAGCUGUCAGAUACCACCGAUAUUGUAACUACCCUUGAUCUCGCCCCCCCAACAAAACGCUUAAUGCAUUGGAAAGAAACUGGAGGAGUUGAAAAAUUGUUUGCUCUACCUGCGAGGCAAAUUCCUUCAAGAGUUCUAUUUAAAAAUUAUCAAAGACAUCUGAUAUUGAGAGCAAUUGGUACUGAGGAUUUUGCGAUGUUAGGAGACGCAGAUUCGUUGGCUCUAGACCAAAUUCGAGAUGCUGAGGAACAGUUAACACCUGGAGAACCCGUAAUUGCUCCACGAAGAGGUAGAAAACGAAAAGUUCAGGAGGAUAUUACAAAAACACCACAACGCGUUGAAGAGCCCACUCCCGUACCAACUCCCGCCCCGCCUAUUCUACAGCCUGAGGAAGCAUUAGCUGCAAUGAUGCCUCCAACGCCAGUCGCUCCGCCUUCUGUUGCUCAACCGAUUCCAGAGGAGCUAGAACCACAACCUCCGCCCAGUGUACCACCACCUGCUUAUCCUGAAACUCCUGCUCCUCCACCUAUGGGUUACCCAGAGACGCCCUUAAUACAAGCGCCUCCAAGUGUCGGCUAUCCUAUCACACCUGCCCCACCUACGCCUUUACAUCUUGAAGAGAUGCCCCAUCUUCCUUCCGAACAAGUACGUUCUAUUUUACAAGAGCAGGAACAAUUGGGUUUGAUGCCACCGAUGACUCCAGCAACGAGCGAAGAAGUGAUGGCUCAGAUGGCACAACCACCUAUGGGACGAACGUCGGAGAUGCCACUUGGUGGUUUGGAAUUACCUUCUAUCGAUCCCAUGCCUUAUUCUCAGGAGGGUAUGCAAAUGGCCAACAUGGGAUACGACGCGGGUGCUGUUUCCGAACGGGUACCAUCUCCUUGGCAAGGUGAUUAUGAUUUGCCUCCUUCAGCAGGACCCGAAGAAGAACAGAUGGAAAACGAAACAGAUGAACAAUUUGAAGAGAGAGUAUUGAACAAAAGGGCUUAUCAGAUGUUCACAGUGGUUCGAAAUAAACUUCAGUUCAGUGAUCAGCUUACGUUGUCCGAAAUGUGUCUCCGAAAUAACAGAAAACAGGCAGCACAAAAGUUUUACAGUUUGCUUGUACUAAAGAAGUUCCACGUGUUGGAACUUCAUCAGGAAGGGGCCUAUGAGGAAGUUUACGUGUCAAAAGGCUCAAAAUUCGACAACCCAAUCCUGUAAGAGACAUAUUACUAUAUAUAUUUAUUUGCUGAAAGUGGAAAUUACA